AUGUUGGACAGACCGGGGGUCAGAAAGGUGAUUGAAGCCGUGGAGCGGCAAGCGGACUUGUGUGGGGACGGUUUUGAGCUUCUAAUCUCCCGCCUCAAUACUGCUCUACGAGCUUACGCGAAAGAGGAGCGGAAGAGGGUCCGAGCUACGAUGGUUCACCUUCAGCGAUCGGUUGCGGUGCUAAAACAUGCGUGGCUGGGUGACCCGGGGUGUGCUCGGCUGAAAACCUUGCUUGGCGAAAGAGAGGCGCAGUUGAAGAGCUACCAGCUGGUUCGGCAGGAGCGACUUCAUCUAAUGGCUGGGUUAAAGGAAGAAGUCAUGGGUGAAGUGGCCUCCCCGCACCUGUCGGCAAAUAUCAAAGCCAGAAAGGGGCGGACGCAGAUUACGGAGUUAAACGCAGGCGGGAAGCUGGUGAAUGACAAUAAAGCUAUCAUGAAGGCAGCGUCACAGUAUUAUAAGGAGCUGUUCGAAAGCAACAUACAGCAGGCCGUGUCUGCUUGGUCUCCUGCUCACGGGAGGUCUCUGUCGCAGAAGUCGGCGGAAGCGGUGUGUGCGGCCUGGUCGGAGGAAGAAGUGAAAGCUGCUUUUCGUUCGAUGGCGAAGGAUAAGGCUCCCGGGAAGGAUGGGUUGCCGAAGGAGCUGUUCGAGUUUCACUGGGAUAUCUUGGGCAAACAUUUCAUGAAGCUGGUCGACAGUUUCGCAGCUACGGCGACGCUGCCGACGAGUACGAAUAACGUUGUUACCAUCCUGCUACACAAAAAGGGGGGGAGGGAGCAGCUUGAGAACUACAGACCGAUCACCCUUCUGAGCCUCACCUACAAAGUGAUCGCGAGGGUGGUGGCAGACAGGAUGAAAAGAGUGUUGCAUGAAGUCAUCUCUCCGGAGAAGUACGAUUUCUUGCCUGGUAGAAGGCUGUCGGACGCGGUGGGCUUGGUUGCGGAUGCUAUCGAGGCCACGAAGAACAAGGAUCAUGACUGGUAUCUUCUGCUGGUCGACUUUAGAAAAGCUUUCGACUCGGUCUCGAGGAACUUCUUGUUCACGGUGCUCGAGCGGAUGGGUUUUCCGAGCCGUCUCGUGGACUGGGUUAGGGGCCUGCACAAGGAUACACGGACCAAACUGUUAAUCAACGGCUGGAUGGGGGAAGCGGUUGACGUGGUGUCUGGGGUGCGGCAGGGUUGUCCGCUUGCGCCUUACCUCUUCCUGUGUGCGGUGGAACCAUUGGCCCAGCAGGCGGCUGCUAGAAAACUUGGUCUUGGAAAGGGGGAGCAGCGGCUGGCGUAUCUGGGGCGCAUCGGACUGUUGCUCACCGAGACGAGUGAACUGAAGCGGGAGAUUAUGCUCGUAGCGGCGGACCUGCCGCUGGGGACGGACACCUUAGUCGCUCACGUGAAGCUUCUGAAGUGCUGGCGUGGGAAAAGUGAGAGAUGGAAGCUGGCCUACGGGAGCUUUAUGCAGUCGCCGCUGAUAGACUUACUACCGGCCCUAACGAAGGAAGAAAUUGUAGCGGAGCGGAUUGUUUUUAACAGCAACAGCCUGCUCAACAGCAGGACUCCAGUGGGGGGUCAGAAGGCUGCGGCGAAGCUGUGGGAGCUCCGGCUGGGUGAUCUUUUGCUACCGGAUGGCGUGGGGGGACGGAAGGUCAAAGAUGUGAAAACCCUGACAAGGGAGCUGGGAGGUUCUAAGCAAGCGAAGCUGGCACUACGGGCUUGGGAAGCGGUACCACAGACCUGGAAGGAGAGUCUAUUGUCUGCCGAGCAACUGGUACCUCCGCCUCUGUUUCCCCGCCUUCAGAAAUCGGCAUUGUUCAAGGAUGGGCAGGUGGCGUCGUUGAAAGAGCUGAAGGGAUGUUGGAAGGGGCAGAAGCGUCAAUCCGCUAAGAGGGAGCUUUGGGCAGGAAGAUGCUGCCCGCGCAUCCAGCAGGUGGUGGUGGCAGUCAAGCGGUCCAUGCGCAUGCUGAACCCUGCGAAGCAAGUGUCGGCCCUGGGGGACCGACUGCGCAUCGAGGCAGCUUUUCGGCUGCAUGUGAAGGUGUACACGCGAGCAAUGGGAAAGAAGACUGGCAGCAGCGGUGGUUCAAAGGGACAAAGGAGAACUCAUGCGCUGGCGGAGUAG